AAAACUUUUCGUGUUCAGAUAAUGAGGUCGAAUAACAUAAUCCUUUCUUCUCUGGACAGGUAUCAACGUCCGCUCCGCCUGCCAGUGCUAGCUUCAGCUACUCGGACAUGCCGGCGAUGCGGUACAACUGGGAGACGGGCGUGCCCCACUCCUACCCAGCGCUGCAACACUGUGGCUCCUUCCCCCAUAUAGAGCUGAGCUUUGGGAACAGCUUCUCACCGGGCACUGGCUUCGUCCCGUCUUCGCUUUACAGCUUACCUCCUGCCGAGCUGCAAGGUCCCGCCUACAGCCUGCACCAACCGCAGGACUGUCCCGACGGGCAGAUGACGCAGCACUUUCCGGCCCUGGAGUGCGCUGUGACCGUAGCCGUGACGGAUGCCAGCGCUGACCCCAGGACCCAAGCCGUGUCUCUGAGCCCAGCCCCCUGGGACUCGGAGCCCAGAGCCCAGGGGCCCACGGGUCCGUGUGGCCUCCAGUUCAGGCCCCGGAUGGACAUGGCUAAACUGGAGGAGGCACGACUCUUCAUACAGAGCAUGGACUACAGGAGGACCACCUGGCAGGAUGACGAUGGAGACACGAUCCUACACAUCUACACUGCCAAGGGCCAGAGGGAGUAUGCCUUUGCUGCCGCGGAAAGACUUCAGGAGCUCGGUAGGCUGGACUCCAAGGAGCACAAGGGCAAGACUGCAUUGCUGGUGGCAGUGACAGCCAACCAGCCAGAGAUAGUCCAGGACCUGCUGUCCCUGGGGGCCGACAUCAGCAUGUGUGACAUCAAGGGUCAAACUGCGCUGCACCUGGCCGCCACAUAUGGCUUCCCAGAGGUCAUGCAGGUGAUUUUGUCCAUGGACCACGGCGUGAACCUGGAGGCUCGCAAUUUUGAUGGUCUCACCCCACUGCACUGUGCGGUGAUUUCCCAUGGUGCCACGAUGAAGGCCCUCACGGCCUCUUCCUCCUCCGCUGCCUGGACCCCUGAUGAUGAGCUGCAGUCUCAGGCUGAUAAUAAACUCUCCUGCCUGCAGAUGUUGUUCAGUGCUGGGGCUUCUCUGCUCAGCCAGGAAAUCAAAAGCAACAAGACGGCUCUCCACUUGGCCGUAAAGGAUGGGAAUAUCCAGCUGGUGCAUUUCUUCCUGAAACAGCCACUGCCUGAUAUGCAGGCCUUCAUCAACAUGAAGGCACACGGGCACACGGCUUUGCACAUGGCGGCUGGGCUCCACACCAGUCUGCACCAAGAGGACAUCAUCCGCCUUCUGCUGACCAGGGGCGCUGACCCAAGCGUGCGCAACCUGGAGAACGACCAGCCCGCGCACCUGCUGCAGAGCGGCGAACAAGGGGAAAAGCUCAAGCUCAUCUUGAAGAAGAGGAACGCCUCGUCUAGGCGGCGUGUUGCAUCCUUACAGGACCAAGACUGACCAGGACUGCUAUCCAGUCUCAUCGUAUCUCCCUUUACUUCUCAUAGGGACAGGGAAAGGACUACAUUCAGUCAGGGGACACCAUGUAAGCUUAGUGGAGGAAGUACCUCCCACCUAUUAGAGGAAGUACCUCUCACUUAUUGGAGGAAGUAAAUCCC